GGGGGAUGUGCUGCCAUGGCUGUGUGCCCUGCAGGGCAGUAACAGAGAGAUGCUGUGUGAUUCCAGCAAGAAGCAAGAGCCAGAGAAUGUUUUGAUAGGGCAAAAUGUAAAGCUGUUAGAAUGGCUGCAGAAACAUGGGAGUGAGGAACAGGGGUGAGAUUUCUUCACUCACGUUCUAUUCCACUGUACUUGUCUUCAAACAGAAAAAUCAAAUCCUCAGCUCAUACACAGGUAACGAGCUUUCAGGCCACUUCUAACCACCUUCCUUCUCAUGUCACUGGAAGGGCGUCCUGGCUGAAAUCCUGAAUGCAUUCACUCUUACUUCAGGCCAUCAGAACUCAGUUAUUUCACUCCCAACCGUCACUCCAGGAGCUUACAGCCGAGGAAACUUUUCUGGGCUUGUGUCAAAUUAAAACCGGGGCUACAGCCCAGGCCUCCUGCCCCCACUCCUCAGCCAGAGGCACACGGCUCCCCAGGGAGCGGGGGAACCGCAGCGAGCCAGGACCCCGGGGUCAUCGCUUCUCAGGGAGACAGCGACAAACCCUUCAUCACUUCUCUCUUCGGACUUGGGAGGGAACACAUUCUUUCAUUCUUUUUAGUAAGUCCUCCCAGAUUAAAGGAGUGUUUGCAUGGCGAGGAGCAGCGCAGAGCUGCGGACCUGCUCUGUCAGGGCUGGGUAAUCCUCUCCAGGUGAAGAGGCCGGAGCUUGGGCUUGGCUCUGCACUGACUCAGGGGACCCGUCAGCAGCGCCUGUCACCUCCUGACACACAAGUCCCAGCUCAGCCCCUGGAAAUGAGCUCUAUAGCAUUUGACAGUGGUCUCACUAUGACAUGAAGAACUGACAGGAAAAAACCCAGUCCUGAGAAGUACAAAUCAGCAGAGACAAGCAGAGGGGAGGACAGGACGGGGAUGGCAGCAGGCUGCUCCGGUGUAGCUGAAUGAAAAAUCCCCAAAGUUUCCGGAUGAAGCUGACAGUGCUUUAUAGAAGCGUUUUUGCUGGUUUCUGUGUGUGUGUAUUUCUUAUUUUCUAACUGGAAUUUGAUCUUGCCUACUGCAGGCUCAUUCUGCCCCACAGACCCCAGCAGCCCGCACACCUCCGCACGUUGCCAUGGCAGGGGGCUUAAAGAAACCUAUUUGUCUUUCGGUGAGUUUGCCUCAACUUGUCCCUGCGAUACUGCUUCUUGCAGAUACGCACAUUUGGCAGCUAGGCACUAUUAACCUGCCCCAAAGCAAAACUGAAGCGCUAUGGCAAAGGUCCAAGCUCAGUUUGAAACAUGUUUCCACAGCUAUGAAAUAUCCUCCCUUUGCUAAUCAGCUGAAGUGCGAGUGGACAGUCCCAGAAUCGGGCUGUUAGCUGCUUAUCGCUGCUAGAUUUUUGGUAUUUCUUGCCUCCAAGUGCUUCCUCCCAGCUUCCCCUCGUACAGAGGCUGCUUGCUGCCAUGAGGCUGCGCCUGGGGCACAACUGCACAUGUCGGAAAACCCCUUCUGCUGCCCCAGCAACCGGUGCGAGCCCCAGCUGAGCCGAAAACGUACCUCGUGUACUCUAAUGCCAUUCCCUAUUGAUAUGAAAGCUCAAAAACUGUGCUAAGAAGAGCACAGUUGUUACUGUGUUGUUCAGCAAUCACAUAAUUUUCCCGCUCUGAAAGUUUUCCUUUAAAACGUGUUUGUUCCAAACCAGAGAUGGCAGAAGUUCCUCCCGCUCCAGCUCUCCCCCCCCGCCCGGUUUCUUUACGCCGUGUCCCAGCUCAGCAGCCGGGGCCGUGUCACCGCAGCCCGCGGCUGUCACCGGAGCGUCACCUCCUGGGCACAGAACAGCGUUCUCUCUGCAAAACCCGCACUAUUGCCACACUCCUCGCACAGACAUUGUCCCCGCUGACACACCCAGGGCAGUAAGCAAGAAGUUAAUUCUUCACAAAAUCUCCCAAACGCGGUUUCUCACAAGCACGCAGCGCUGAUCAGGAGCUGAGUUGCUGACUUACUGCCUCCCAAAUGUCACUCGCAAAUGGUUGGAAUUGAAAUGCGCUGCAUUUGAGACUCGCUCUCAAUGAAACAUCAGUGUCACUCUGCGAUUCUCAAACCUUACUCUCACUAAUUACCCAUUUCAUAGUGCAGAUUAUUGCUGCACGUGUUAAUUCCUAUCUGAACAGUUUCAUCUGAAGCUCAGCUUGCUUAGUUUUCCAAAAGUAACAGGAACUUUGUCCUCCCACGUUCUUCUUUUAAUUGAAUAAUUUCGGUCUCGUAUUCCCCUUCUUACCUAUUCCACAAGCACUGGUAAAUUAAACACGCCUGUUUCCCAGCACACCGACGGAUGCUGCUCGUUCCCCACCCAGUGCUGAGAUUCUGUGCUUUUUGUAAUAAAAAUUCAGGUUCCAAAAUUUAAGUGCAAAUUCUGAGCAAAGAACAGGAAUAAAAAUAUGGAAAAUUCAAUUCCAAAUUUUUACUGGCAAAAAAAUAUAGAUAGAAACAAGAAAUGAUGGUGACAUGAACAUUUUUGUACAUUUUGUACUUUUUCAGUGGAAGUAGAAUUUUACUUAAAUGAAACUUGGUUUGGGGAAGAGUUAUUUUCCUUACAAUCGCUGCAGUGGCUGCUGUGCAUGGGUAAGGUGGGUGCGGCUGAACUCGCUUUGUUUUUCCAUUCUUGAUUGUCAGAAAAGUAAACCCUGGGCUUCAGAACUAUAGCCUGAAGAAAAACACAAUCUGAAUCAUCCCUUUAUUUUAAUUAAAAGAAAAAACCCAAGCCCUUACACCUGAGAUGUACAGCCAGCUCCGUGUGUAAGGAAUGUCAUCAUAAUUGGCCUCACCUCGAGGGAGGAGAAUCUUUGGAGGGAGGGUUGCAGCUUGGGUUUGUCUCCUAACACCCUGUCUUGUGGCUAUAAAAGAAGCGCCGAGGCAGCGAAGGCACACGCUUUCCUGCUCUGCACUAAGCUGAGUACCUAACUCUGCGCCGCAGCCAUGACUACUUACGCCGUGCAGAACUCCUUUGCUAGCGGUGCCGGGGGCUUGGGGGGUGCUGGCAGCUCCCGCCUGUCUUCGGUGCGAGUGGGAGGCUCCUACCGCGCCCCGAGCAUUCACGGAGGCUCUGGGGGCAGGGGCGUCUCCGUCUCCUCGGCGAGGUACGUCUCCGUUGGAGGCGGCUACGGCGGUGGAUCCUGCGCCGGGUUCGGCAGCGGUUAUGGAGGAGGCUACGGCGGCUUUGGUGGAGGUGCGGUCUGCGGCUUGGGUGGAGGAGCUGGCUUUGGUGGAGGCUUUGAUGCUAGCUGUGUCCUUGGUGGAGGCGAUGGCCUUCUUUCUGGCAAUGAAAAGAUAACUAUGCAGAAUCUGAACGACCGCCUGGCCACGUACCUGCAGAAGGUACGAGCUUUGGAAGAGGCAAAUGCAGAAUUAGAGGUCAAAAUCCGAGACUGGUACCAGAAGGAAGCUCCCACCAGCCCAGCUCGAGACUACAGUAACUACUACAAGACAAUUGAAGAUCUCCGAGAUAAGAUCCUUGCAGCUACUAUUGACAAUUCCAGAGUUGUUUUGGAGAUCGACAACGCCAGGCUGGCUGCAGAUGACUUCAGACUGAAAUACGAGAAUGAGCUGUUCCUGCGCCAGAGCGUGGAGUCCGACAUCAACGGGCUGCGCAGGGUGCUGGACGAGCUGACCCUGUCCAGGGCCGACCUGGAGCUGCAGAUCGAGAACCUGAAGGAGGAGCUGGCCUACCUGAAGAAGAACCACGAGGAGGAAAUGAAGGAGUACUCCAAGCAGCUCAGUGGAACAGUCAACGUGGAGAUGGAUGCUGCUCCCGGCAUCGACCUGACCAGGAUCCUCUCGGAGAUGAGGGAACAGUACGAGGCUCUGGCUGAGAAGAACCGUAGGGAUGCUGAGGCGUGGUUCCUCACUCAGACUGAUGAGCUGAACCGUGAAGUAGCCACCCACACCGAGGAGAUACAGAGCAGCAAAUCCGAGAUCACGGAACUGAGACGCACGGUGCAGGGCCUGGAGAUCGAGCUGCAGUCACAGCUGAGCAUGAAAGCUGGACUGGAAGCCAACCUGCGAGAUACAGAAGGGCGAUACUGCGCACAGCUGGCACAAAUUCAGAACCUCAUCACCAGCGUUGAGGAGCAACUGAGUGAAAUCAGAUGCGACAUGGAGCGCCAGAACCAGGAGUACAGAAUGCUCAUGGACAUCAAAAGCCGCCUGGAGCAGGAAAUCGCCACGUACCGCCAGCUGCUGGAGACCCAGGACUCUCAGCUGUCACCAGUGAACCCUAAGGAUGGUGCUGCUGGAAGAGGCCGUGGCGGUGCAGAAGAUGACGGAAGGUCUUCCUCCACUCGUGACAGGAGAUUCUAAUAAAGAAAUACCGAAUCCUCUCUUGCUAUGACACCAUCUGUGCUGGACCAGCUAUAAAAAAGGGCAGUCCAACCACUGGCUAAUGCUUAGAGAAAUGUGCUGUUACUUUUGCUAGAUCACAAGAAUGUAAUCCAAAAAACGUGCAACAGCUUGAUGUCCUUCCUUGAAGUUGCUCUCCCUUUUUACACGAUCGUGUGGCUCUGUCAGUCAGAGAUGUCUGCUUGUGUCUGCGCGGUAUCCUUACCAAAGAAUCUACACAAUAAAGUUUCUCUCCUGCUUGUGCAAAUGCA